AUGGACGCAGCCGCCGCUUCGUUUGUCUGCCCAAAGGUGACCCCUUUUCGCUCCUCUCUGCCCAAGAGCAGCCGUCUCAUCUCCCUCAGGCAUUCUCACAAACACCUACAGCGCAAAGGUUUAUCCGUGAAAACCCACUUCAACCGGAGCUUUCAUCCCUCCGUCGGUCCCGGUUCAGUAAACCCACUUUCGGUCGGGUCGGGGUUUCCAUCUCUGGGCCUUGGGACGCCUUCGAACCCCAGAACCCUUCUCCCUCUCCGCACGUUCAGAUGCUCCGUCUCGAGUUCUGUGGCUCCAGCCGGCUCAGAUGCGCCGACGCCAUUGUCGACGAUGCUCGAGACCUUCCCGCUCGACUCCCUGAAAUCCACCCUGUCGGAGUUGACCCCCUCCGACUUCUGCAAGUGGUGCGUGGCGUUAUGUGCCGUGGUCGCCGUGUCCAAAUGGACGGCAAACCUUUUAUUGAGCCCCUUUUUCUGGCUGUACUUCAGCUGGACGUGGCUUUUCUGGCCAUGGAUGGUGGCCCUGGCCGUAGCAAUCUACGGCUGCUACUGCUUCAGUAAGUAUCUCAAGGGACAGGCCAAUGAAAUCGAGCAACUAGGAAUCGUGACAUCGGCUUUCUUCUGGCUUACGUUGGUCCCUCCUGCCCACUUCAACGGGUUUCUCGAAGGCUGGCCGGUCAUAUUCUUCCUCGUCUAUCACUUCUUCUUUUUCUUACACAUCAGUGUUCGAAAAAGAUUGUACGGUGAUCUCUAUGCUCGGGAGCACGACCCGAAGUGGGACCUCAGCUUGCCGAGUCUUGCCAAGAUUCUGUUUUGCGCCGGAAUCUUUCUGGCUCAUUGGCUGGCAGCUUUCGAGGGAGUCGAGCUCCACCUGGCGCCUGGAGGAUUGAACAAUUUGGCUAUCUGGGGUUUGAUCUUUACCUCGAUUUUCGUUCAGUAUCGCUCGAUUCAGUACUUGUCGAAGUACUCUGAACGAGUCGUUGAGCCGACUUCAGUUGUUCACGUCGGGCCGUAUAGGUUCGUUCGCCAUCCGAUGUAUGCGUCGACAAUUCUUUUGUUCGCAUCAUACUUUACGGCAUUACGAGCACCAUGGAGUUUGCUGUUUUUGGUCGGGAUUUGCUUGGCCUACUAUGGGAAGAAGGCAAAUUUGGAGGAGGCCCUACUGCUCGAGACGUUCGAUCAGAAGUACAGGCAGUACAUGGAGAGGGUUAGGUACAGAUAUGAUGAUGAUAUUUGA